AUGCGUAACGACACUGGACAGGUAGUAGAUCGUAGAUGGCCGGGUACAUGUCAGACGGAUGCAGUGCACUGGGGGCCUAGACACUCCUCAGGAUUGCAACACAAGCAUGCCUUUCAUACGGAAGCCGUCUGGGGGUUUUCGGCUUGUAGUGAUUGCGUGGACGGGCAGAAGCGGGAGACUGGGUCUCACGCAGAGGCUGCGGGACCGCUGCAAAAAAACUCGGUGAUAUUUGAUCGGUCAUCUGGCACGGAGCCGAUCUGGACGCAGUUUCCCUUCCGCUACGACGACUCGCACACCGAGUGCCGGGGCAAGCAGUUCGUCAAGCGCACGUGGUACCGCAAGUUCGUGGGCGUCGUUCUAUGCAACUCUCUCCGCUACAAGAUCUUCAUCAGCAACUCUCUGGGAGGUCUGUUUUACAAUGUCGGUGAUGGAUAUGGACACGCGGAAGACCACUGCGAGUUUGUCGAUUCAUUCCUGGAUGGGCGGACAGGACCUCGGCUGGAUGAAAACCAACUGCCCAUCACACAAGGUUUCUACCGGCGGUACCGUCAGGAACCGCUGAACUUUGGCUCGAUCGGCGGCGGCGUUUACCAGCACGGGGGCAGCGGCAAUUACUACGUAGCCUGGUACGAGUGCGGGGUGCCCAUCCCCGGCGUCUGGUGGUAA